UCCAGUGGGAACGCACAGUGCGUUACCUAGGGGUGGAAAUCGACCGGUCGCUGCGUAUGACGCCGCAGGUGGACCGGGCCGUUACCCAAGCCAAGGCCGCGCGCGCUAUGCUGCGACCGGUCUUGCAAUCCAGGCUGCAGCUGCGGACGAAGGUAGGCAUUUAUAAGACCUACAUUCGUUCGCGGCUCACAUAUGCCGCCCCCGCAUGGUACGCACUGUGCUCGGCCUCACAGCGGCGGAGACUGCAGGUCCAACAGAACGCCGCCCUCCGUCUGUGCACAAAUGCCGGACGGUACGUCCGUAAUGACGUGAUCGCCCGCGACCUCAAGGUCCCAUCGGUGGAGCAGUUCGUCGUCCGGUUGACGCGCGCGAUGUUCUCGCGCGCGGACAGCGGGCGCGAAGCGCACCUGCGCGACCUCGCCCCUCUCCACGCGCGCCCACCGGACGCCACUCGCGCGCUCCCGCGCGACCUACUCUCCACCGAGUGAUCACGUCAUUUACGUGACGUGGCGGCGUUAAGCCGGCUCGGCGAGCGACUUAAACAGUCCUCCCACACGACUCCCUCAGCCGGCUGC